AUGGCACGAGGAAAGAAGCGCUCCCGUGCCGACCGCAAAGCUCCGAUGACCGACAUGCCGGCACCCAAAGCCUUAACAUUCGGCAACUCUUCCUCCAGACCUGAAUUUCAAACCGAUAGCAGCUCUCCUGGUGAGGUAUUGGACCCGCUUAGCAGUCACCACACUUUACGUCGUCCAGCAGCUAUCGCUGCCAGCUCCGCUAUAGCCAAGGCAGCUCUGUAUCACGACGAAUCUGACGAAGAAGUUGAGACCAAGCGUCGUAACAAGGAAGUCACCGUCAUCGAAGAAACCAAAGCUAUUAUUCCUGACGGCUACGCACCAACUUCUCACCCUUCAGCUCCAUCUGGCAGCCCCAACGUCAAGAUGACCGAAGUACGUGCUCGUGCGGCUCGCCAUAAGGGCCAGAUGAACUUCGAAGCCGAGAUAACUCAGGCCCUCUACGCGUACGGCGACGACAAAGAACCCUUGCCGGAGACUGUCCGCAUCCUGGACGAAAUGGCCACCGACUUCAUCAUCGAAACCUGCUUCGGUGCCGCCAAGUCCGCCGAAUGCUGCGGUCGCUCGAAGCUCAAGGUCGAUGACUUCAAGUUCGCUAUUCGUGGAGAUCCGGUGCUUUUGGGACGUGUCAACGAGUUGCUCGCUAUGGACAAGCACAUCAACACGGCUCGCAAGGCGUUCAAAACCGACGAGGGACGUGAGGGGCUUGAGCGUGGUGGUCGCAAGAAGAAGGGGGAGGGAAAGGAUGGCGAGGAGAAAGUUGAGGGCAAAGCUGAGGACAAGGAAGUGAAAGUGGAGAACAAAGUGGAGGAGGACUUGGGGGAUGAUCUCGACGAUGAGGAGUGA